ACGAAAACCAACAACAACAACAACAGUGGCAGCAGUACCCUCAAAAGCCAUCAGAAAAAAUGUUGAGCUUAACGAUAUUUAUGCUAGCAACACACAUCAUAAAUGCCUGCCAUAGCACGCGCCUGCCAUUGGAAGUCUACGAGCUGACACCCAACGCAGCAGGUGGCAAUGAUUUGAAGCAUAAAAAUCUUGAAUAUUCCACAAUUAAUGGCGGCAGCGUCCAACAUUUUCUGGCCGUUAACAGUCACAAGCAACGGCCAUCCGGCGCGUCAAUGGUGGAGCCAGAAUUAAAGAUGUUAUCUUCGUCGCAUGACUCCGGGGCAGUAACUAAAACACUGACAGUGUCAUCGAUAAAUGAAGCAGUGGCGGCGGCGGCGGCGACAACCACAACGACGGCGACGUCCACAACCUCGACAACAACAACAACAAAUCAAUUAGAUCGCAGGAGAUCGCGACAAAUGUUGGAUAUAAUGCAAAAAAGCCAUCAUGAUCAAACAGGAAAUCAUAAAUUACUAAGCUUGGCUGAAGGAACAGCAACUGGUGGUGGUGGCAGUCAUUCACCAAAGGAUGUGCGCAUUUUAUAUCAAGUCGGUAACUCUGAAGAUGAUUUGCCCAUUUGCGCCCCCAAUGCGGUUUGUUCGAAAAUCGAUUUAUAUGAAACACCAUGGAUCGAGAGACAAUGUCGCUGUCCUGCUGUUAACCGCUCACCAGAAAUUAUCAUUCAUCAUCAUCACAAGGACACAACAUCGCAUUCCAAUCACAAUUCCGAAAAAUAUCACACUUUCUAUGAACAUUCCAAACUAAUGCAUCAACAGCAGCAGCAGAAUAAACAUUUGUUGUUGGACGCUGCCAGUUUUGUGGGCGACAAGAAAUUCGAUAAUUUACACUUGAAGAAAUUAAUGCAUAAAUUGGGUGCAGUCUAUGAGGAUGAUUUGAAUUUGCCAACAGACUAUCAUAAACAUCAUCCGGAAACUAAUUCGGCCUUAGAUGAUUCAAAUGAGUCGUCGUUGUACUACACAGAUGAGCUGAAGGAUAAUGAAUUUCCCAUUCAUUUUUCGAUGAAACGUCAACAUUUAUAUUCCAAUUCACCACAUAUGAGACAUUCCGGUCAUAUGGGUGGUAGUCAUGGUGGAAAGAUUUCCUAUAUUGGUGGUUGUCCCAGUGGUUUGGGUAUUGAAGAUGGUCAUACCAUAGCUGAUAAAACGCGGCAUUAUAAAAUGUGUCAACCCGUUCAUCGAUUGCCAGUUUGCAGGCAUUUCCGGGACUACACCUGGACCUUGACCACAUCGCCGGAAAUGAAUACAACCGAACAAAUUGUCCAUUGUCGAUGUCCGAAAAAUUCCGUAACAUAUUUAACAAAACGUGAACCUUCCGAUGAUGGUAAUGGUGGUUAUAAAUAUUUGUUUGCGUGUUCACCAUUGACGCGUCUUCGUUGCCAACGAAAACAACCUUGCAAAUUAUUUACGGUGAGAAAGCGGCAAGAAUUCAUCGAUGAAGUCAAUAUCAAUGCCCUGUGUCAGUGUCCCAAGGGUCAUCAUUGUCCCAGUCAUCAUACGCAAUCCGGUGUAAUCGCUGGCGAAACAUUCCUAGAGGAUAAUAUACAAACAUAUUCUGGCUAUUGUAUGGUCAACGAUUGAGAGUAGAUGUUCGGAUGACCAGCAAGCAGCAAGCAAUCACCAGCAUCAUACCAUCUAUACCUGUUAGAAUAGAAAAUAGAACGCGCGCGCAAGAUAAUGAUUUUUUCUGAGAAAAUCGUUACAUUGUUGUCAUAGACAUUGUUUAAGUUGUAGGGAUUACGUUUUAUGUUUUUA